UGGUGGCUGGCAGGGAAUGCCAGAUCUCCUCUCGCGUGAGGCCAAUGGCCUGCACAGCCCCCUUUAAGGAGCGCUCUGCCAUCCAGUCUUAAUUUUAGCUUGGAGGCGUGCCACCAGCAGCUUUAACUAGAGGCCGGCUGAAGUUAUGCAGGACAGCUGUCAGCCGGCAUGCUGGGUGGGGCCUAUUUAGCCGGCAGGGGCACCAGUCUGGAGACCCUAAGCUUGGUCUUUCUGCCCCAAGACUAUCAACGAUACCAGCCACAAGGCUCUGAUAUCUCCUCCUGAAGGGGCCCGAGCCUCCUCGCAAUGAUGACCGAAGAGCACACAGAUCUGGAGGCACGGAUCAUCAAGGACAUUCACUGCAAGGAGAUAGACUUGGUGAACCGAGACCCCAAGAACAUCAAUGAGGACAUUGUGAAGGUAGAUUUUGAAGAUGUGAUUGCGGAGCCCGAGGGCACCUACAGCUUCGAUGGUGUGUGGAAGGUGAGCUACACCACUUUCACCGUCUCCAAGUACUGGUGCUACCGUCUGCUGUCUACACUGCUGGGCGUCCCGCUGGCCCUGCUCUGGGGAUUCCUGUUCGCCUGUAUCUCCUUCUGCCACAUCUGGGCCGUGGUGCCUUGCAUUAAGAGCUACCUGAUCGAGAUUCAGUGCAUCAGCCACAUCUACUCACUGUGUAUCCGCACCUUCUGCAACCCGCUCUUUGUUGCAUUGGGCCAGGUCUGCAGCAACAUUAAGGUGGCGCUGCGAAGGGAUGGCUAAAGCCAGACUGGGCUGUGGGAAAGGCUGGGCAGGGGGUGGGAACAAGGCCAGGUGAGCACUCCUGGCUCCUCUCCACAUGGGCUGCUGGAGAGCUCAUUCUUUUGAGGUUCCUCUCAAUUCCACCUCAAGAUGGGAAUACACGGUGCGGUGCGAGGGGAGCCAGAAGGAAAAGACAGCCCCGUGUGGAAACACAGGCACCUCUGCUCUGCCCAGCCUCCCAUGAUCCCUGGCGGCCCUGCCUAAACGGAGGGUUCCUUAAGAGGCAGCUAGCGCAAGGCUUUGCGUUCUCGUGUACUGUAAUAGCACAAACCAGCACCAGUCUUCUAGAGAGGUAACUCGUCUCCUCAUGCUAGGGAGAGCAAGCAGUGACUGCUGACAUGAAGAAGGUGCUGCAAUAAAGGGUUUUGGCUGCACCAGGGAA